CCUCUUCAUUCUUUUAACCAUCCAUAGAUAAGAUAGACCCAUAUAUUUUUAAAAUUUUAAGUGAUAUUUUAAAGAUUUAAAUCUGGAAUUGGGUUUUUUUUUUUUUUUUGUAACUCAAAGGAAGGAACUUUUGGAGGUUUCUGGGGUUUCUGGAUGAUUUUCUGCGAUGAUUUCAUGGAUCAAAAAGUUUGGGAUUUUGACGCUUUUGGUAUUGAAUGGCUGAUUGUGGAAUAAAGAAAGAAUUUGUUUUGGUUUUAUCGAUUUUGGGAAAUUAAUUAUGGAUCAUGUGAUUGGAGGAAAGUUUAAGCUUGGGAGAAAAAUUGGCAGUGGGUCUUUUGGAGAGCUUUAUUUGGGAGUAAAUAUACAAACUGGAGAAGAAGUUGCUGUGAAGCUGGAAUCUGUUAAAACUAAGCACCCACAGCUUCACUAUGAAUCUAAGUUAUAUAUGCUUCUUCAGGGAGGAACCGGAAUUCCCCAUCUCAAAUGGUUUGGAGUUGAAGGCGAAUACAAUUGCAUGGCUAUUGAUCUCCUGGGGCCGAGCUUAGAAGACUUGUUUAACUAUUGCAAUAGGAAGUUCACAUUGAAAACAGUUCUAAUGCUUGCUGAUCAGUCAAUUAAUAGAGUUGAGUACAUGCACUCUAGAGGCUUUCUUCACCGUGAUAUAAAGCCCGAUAAUUUCUUAAUGGGUUUGGGGCGAAAAGCAAAUCAGGUAUAUAUCAUUGACUAUGGACUUGCAAAGAAGUACAGAGAUCUUCAAACUCAUAAGCAUAUACCAUACAGGGAAAAUAAAAAUCUCACAGGCACAGCUCGUUAUGCAAGUGUUAACACUCAUCUUGGAGUAGAGCAAAGCAGAAGGGAUGAUCUGGAAUCUCUUGGCUACGUGCUUAUGUACUUUCUCAGGGGAAGGUUGAGCAUAAGAGCUUGGCUUCAAAAUUCUGGUUUCCAUUUUAUCCACUUACAUGACCAACUG